AUGAAACCUGGUGGACAAAACGAACAGGAAUCGGCUGUUGCCCUCGGACCUUACGUACGCCUGUCCGUCCUAUUCGUGCAGCCGGUGCUAAACAGCUCGACGUUACUUACCAUAUCUACGAAGCGCAUGGUUCACCUUUCUGCUUAUUUGAACGGUGGAUGCAUCACCUCAAGUUGCAGUUCAGCCGUGAACCUGCAGUGUCCACCUCAAGCACUGUAG